AGAGAGAAGCGGCGAUGGAAACUAUGCUGGUUGUUAAGAGCAGUGGCUGUCUCUCAAAUCGUAUGAAAUAAAUCGCCGACCAAUACAGCACAAACUGGUGAGAAUUGAGAAACACACACAACACACAACACACAACACACAGAGACAUAGCUAGCAAUUAACACAAAAACACAUUCAAUAUAAAUACCAAUACACACGAAGCCUUUUGUUGUUGUUGAGUGUUGUUGUUCCUCAAUUUCUCCGUCCAUUCUCUCUCUCACUCAAAUCUCAUUUUUCUUAAUAUAAAUUCAUACCCACUUCCUCUUUUUCUCUCUUCAUUUCUUUUCCACUUCUCUCUCUCUCUCUCUCUCUCAAGUGUCAACUCAAAUGGCCACCAUUGUUGGAGCUGCCACCGCUUUAUCAGCCUCCAAAUCCUUUGAUUCCAGAAAACUCCACCUCCCAUCUCGCAGAUCUCUCUCAGUCUCAGAGAGGAAAGGAAGCUUUUUGGUUGUCAGAUCUGAUGGAAGUGUGGUUCAUAAAGCUCACAGGGCUCAGAAAUUGAUUGCUAACGCAGUUGCAACUAAGGCAGAUAGUUCUGCGGCUUCUACAGCUUCGAAACCCGGGCAUGAACUUUUGCUUUUUGAGGCCCUACGGGAAGGCUUGGAAGAAGAAAUGGACAGGGAUCCCACUGUAUGUGUAAUGGGUGAAGAUGUGGGUCAUUAUGGAGGAUCAUACAAGGUGACCAAAGGCCUUGCUACCAAAUAUGGAGAUCUCAGGGUUCUUGACACUCCUAUUGCUGAGAACUCCUUUACAGGUAUGGGUAUUGGAGCUGCCAUGACUGGUCUGCGGCCAAUUGUUGAGGGAAUGAACAUGGGAUUUCUACUUCUAGCUUUUAACCAGAUCUCUAACAACUGUGGCAUGCUCCACUACACAUCUGGUGGUCAGUUCAAAAUCCCGAUUGUUAUUCGUGGACCUGGUGGAGUUGGUCGGCAACUUGGGGCUGAGCAUUCCCAACGUCUUGAGUCAUAUUUCCAAUCAAUCCCUGGAAUUCAAAUGGUUGCAUGCUCGACCCCAUAUAAUGCGAAGGGCUUGAUGAAAGCCGCAAUUCGAAGUGAGAACCCAGUGAUACUAUUUGAGCAUGUUUUGCUUUACAACCUCAAAGAGAGAAUUCCAGAUGAAGAGUAUGUAUGUUCUCUUGAAGAAGCUGAAAUGGUUAGGCCUGGGGAGCACGUCACUAUUUUAACCUAUUCCCGGAUGAGGUAUCAUGUAAUGCAGGCUGCUAAAACUUUGGUGAACAAGGGCUAUGAUCCUGAAGUAAUUGAUAUCAGGUCACUGAAACCUUUUGAUCUUCACACAAUCGGGAAUUCAGUGAAAAAGACGCAUCGUGUGCUGAUUGUGGAGGAGUGCAUGCGGACUGGUGGUAUUGGUGCUAGUUUGACAGCUGCUAUCACUGAGAAUUUCAAUGAUUAUUUGGACGCCCCCAUUAUAUGUUUGUCUUCACAGGAUGUGCCAACUCCAUAUGCUGGGACAUUGGAGGAGUGGACCGUGGUUCAGCCUGCCCAGAUUGUAACAGCCGUUGAGCAGCUUUGCCAGUAAUUACUCCAACAGUUCUGAAAGAGCUGUUGUUUUCCAUCCUGAGGACGCAAUCUUCUUCAAUCUUCACAGCUUUGAUCUAGAAAUGGUUAUCUAAUUUUAGAUUUUGUUGGCAAUUUUUGUGUUUUCUGAAAUGUGCAACUAUUCAUUAAGGUAUUUUUCUAUGUUGCUGUAUUCCUUUACUUAUGGUUUGCAAGAUAUUUAUCAUGAACUAGUAUAGCUAGAAAGGUGGAGUCAUUGUCUUCCAUGCUCAAUUACUGGUUGCCUUUAGAUCAAGAUAGGCUUAUAUUAUAAAUUGUCUUAUUCACUCCUUAGAAUGUGCAACUUCAAGAUAUUUUAUGUUAUUUAUAAUCAAAGAAGGGUGUGUAGUGGUAA